AGUCAGCUGACGCUGUCGAAGGAGGCGGAAGUGGAAGCAGCGGCCGAGGGAUGCUUUCCUGCAGACUAUUGCGCAUUCAGUGAUGGAAGUAAAAUAUUCGCUAUAAAUGGCACCUGCAUUUAUACUGUGCCUAAUGUCCACAGGACCAACUGCUUUACAAUUGUAGUCACUUGAUGUAGGGGCAAACAGCAACCAAACCGUGCAUUACAUGGUUCCAUAAACAGCCAAUUAAGUGAUCAUAAACAAAAACAAAAACAGAAUUACCUGGAAAAACUCAGCAGGUCUGGCAGCAUCGGUGGAGAAGAAAAGAGUUGACGUUUCGAGCCCUCAUGACCCUUCGACAGAACUUGAGUUCGAGUCCAAGAAAGAGUUGAAAUAUAAGCUGGUUUAAGAGUGGUGUGAUGUCAUGGCAGCUGCCAGUUCUAGUAUUAUUGGGAGUGAUCAAGCCUUGGAAAAGUCACAGUUGAACUUAAAAAUUUUGAAAGCCAAACUGAGAGUCCCAAAACCAACAAGGAUCAGUUGUUAUGUUGAGGUGGCAGUGGAUGGUCUGCACAGUGAAACUAAGAAAACAGGAAAACGGAAUGGAAACCUUCAUCCCCAGUGGAAUGAGACAUUGACCUUGAAUGUAACACCACAGAGCAGAUUGGAGCUGAAAGUCUGGAACAGUCAUACCUUGAAAAAUGAACUCUUUGGCAAUGUGGUUAUUGAUGUCUGUGACAUUUUAAAGAAGAACAAUGGAAAGUUGGAGAACAUUCAGCUAAAUUUGAACCUUCAGGUGGGAAACAAAAGUGGUGUUGUGUGCAGCGGUGAAUUGACUGUUUGCCUGGAUGGCCUUAAUGUUGACUUGGGAAAUUUGCCUAAUGGCACCAUCAUGACAGAAAAAUUCCAGCAGAAUGGUAGAAUUCAUCAAAGCACAAGUCAAGAUGACGAUUCAAAAUGUUCACCCUCACGUACCAAUGAUUCUCAAGACAGAUUGAGAUCACACAGACAGAAUGGUGGGGUUGCACGAGAGCCUGCCAUUAAUGGAGAUAACACAGCAAAUGGGGCGCUUGAUAGUGCUAAAAGUAAACAGAAAAAUGCAUCCAGGAUACCUUCAUACUCAGCAAGUUCUAGUGGCAUAGCAAAUGGAGAGACUGCUUCAAAUGAAAGUGACAAUGACAACUGCAGUAAUGACUUAAACCCAGCCGCUCCACCAGCUGUAACACUUCCCUCAGCUUCAGACACCAGCCCUUCGACCGCUGGCACCGUAAGUUCCACCAAUUCAUCUGCAGUCGGAGAGACAUCAGAAGAAGCUCCUAACUUGACAGAACAGCCUCAGACAUCAGCCCAAAACCUGGAAGCACUGCCUCCUGGAUGGGAACAGCGAAUGCUUCCUAAUGGAAGAGUAUACUAUGUAGAUCACAACACCAAAACUACCACAUGGGAGAGACCUCUGCCCCCAGGUUGGGAAAAACGAGUUGAUCAACGUGGCAGGUUUUACUAUGUGGACCAUAAUACUAGGACAACAACAUGGCAACGCCCAACAGCCGAGUCUGUUCGAAACUUUGAGCAGUGGCAGUCACAAAGGAAUCAGCUUCAGGGAGCUAUGCAACAUUUCAACCAAAGGUUUUUAUACCAAUCAUCUGGAAUCUCUACUGACAAUGACGCACUUGGUCCUUUGCUUGCUGGUUGGGAGAAACGCCAAGAUAAUGGACGAGUCUAUUAUGUUAACCAUAAUACACGGACAACCCAAUGGGAGGACCCAAGAACUCAAGGGAUGAUCCAAGAAUCCCCACUGCCACCUGGCUGGGAGAUGAAAUACACAAAUGAAGGGGUUCGAUAUUUUGUGGACCAUAACUCUCGUUCCACCACCUUUAAAGAUCCUCGAACUGGAUUUGAUUCCACCUCUAGUGCUAAAAGUGGCUCUCCAGCAGCAUAUGAUCGAAGCUUUCGAUGGAAGUAUCAUCAAUUCCGCUUCCUCUGCCAUUCCAAUGCAUUACCAAGCCACGUUAAGAUCAGUGUUUCCAGACAGACGUUAUUUGAGGAUUCCUUUCAACAGAUAAUGAACAUGAAGCCAUAUGACUUGCGCCGUCGGCUGUAUAUAAUAAUGCGUGGAGAGGAGGGUUUGGAUUAUGGAGGUAUAGCAAGAGAGUGGUUUUUCCUGCUUUCCCAUGAAGUUCUCAAUCCAAUGUACUGCUUGUUUGAAUAUGCUGGAAAGAACAACUACUGUCUGCAGAUAAACCCCGCAUCAUCAAUUAAUCCGGAUCACUUGACUUAUUUCCGUUUUAUUGGAAGGUUCAUAGCAAUGGCUCUUUACCAUGGUAAAUUUAUUGAUACAGGAUUCACAUUGCCAUUUUAUAAGCGGAUGCUGAAUAAAAAGCCUACAAUGAAGGACUUGGAAUCAAUUGACCCAGAGUUCUACAAUUCUCUACUGUGGAUCAAGGAGAACAAUGUAGAAGAGUGUGGCUUGGAGCUCUAUUUUGCUCAGGAUAUGGAAAUAUUGGGGAAGGUUACAACCCAUGAGCUGAAGAAAGAUGGGGAAAAUAUCAUGGUCAUUGAAGAGAAUAAGGAGGAAUACAUGAGGUUGCUGACAGACUGGAGAUUCACUCGUGGAGUUGAAGAGCAAACCAAAGCUUUCUUAGAUGGGUUCAAUGAGGUGGUACCCUUAGAAUGGCUGCGAUAUUUUGAUGAAAAAGAACUAGAGUUAAUGCUGUGUGGAAUGCAAGAAAUUGACCUAUCUGAUUGGCAGAAGAACACCAUCUAUCGCCAUUAUACUAAGAAUAGCAAGCCAAUCCAAUGGUUCUGGCAGGUUGUGAAAGAAAUGGACAACGAGAAGCGAAUCAGAUUAUUGCAGUUUGUCACUGGCACAUGUCGUUUGCCAGUUGGUGGAUUUGCAGAGUUAAUAGGAAGCAAUGGGCCACAGAAAUUCUGCAUCGAUAAAGUUGGAAAGGAUUCUUGGCUUCCAAGAAGUCACACUUGCUUCAAUCGCCUGGACCUCCCCCCUUACAAAAGUUACGAUCAGCUAAAGGAGAAGCUACUGUAUGCCAUUGAAGAAACAGAAGGCUUUGGUCAAGAGUAAUUUUUUUUUCCAAUGUACAUACAGCAAGCUACAGAGAAGUCAUCAAUCAAAGCAACUUCAUUGAACUUUCAGAAGACUGUGUCUACCAUGAAGAACUAGCUUCAUUUUGACUCCAUAUAUUAUUUUUAAUUGGUCUUCAGGCAACAUAAUAUAUUUUUCUGUUAAUGCUAGCAUUCAACAGGUUUUAUGAAGAAUAACGCACCUUUAUUUCUCAAUUUAAGCUGAAUCUCUUUUAGUCAAAAGUGUUUUUGGUAAUAUAUUUUUGCAAUAAUCUUCUAACUGACCAACUCAACAGAGACCACUAAUUGGAUAAGUUCAUCAAUAUGAAAAUAAAUUUGAAAGUAAUAAGAAUGAGGAAAUGAUAAUUCAACUUUAGCUAUUUCAAAGUCAAUGUAAAACUUCCUGGUGAUAGGUGACAAUUACAAUUGUGAUUUUGUAAAGAAUGCAAUCAUGUUAUAAAUAUUUUGUUAAAAAGGUUGUGUUUAACUGUGAGAAAAUGUUCAAAAUAAACAAAAUUACAAGCUUUAGUUUGCUUUGGCAAUCAUCGAUAAAACAGGAAGACCAGCAGCACACAUUGUAUUUCUCUUACAGUUGUUAGAAAUUUGCUAUUAUAAUAGCUUUGUAGCUUCAGCAAUUAUCCAACACUGCUGCCUUUUUAAAAGAUUGGUAUUUUAAAUUGUAUUAUAGUAGCCGUAUGUAGAAUCAAUUAAUCAUUAUCACUUAAAAUUUCAUUAAUUAACAGAAGCGCUACAUUGCUUUCAUUUUCAGGCAUGAAAUGUGAAAUUUCAGACAGAAAUGAAUAUAAUUUUACCAAGCCUUAUCAUAAAUUCAUAUAUUAGGUGAUAAAAUUUUAAAUUUGUAGAUUUUCAAAAUUGGACUUAAUGGCAAGCAGCAAAUAUAGUGGCUAAAUGCAGUUCUUGAGAUCAGCUUGAGAUCAGAGUCAUUCUUUGCUAAUGCUCUCAGUGCUGCAUCCUCAUUUCCAUCUAUUCCGUGUGUGUAACAUGUUGGCUAUGGUGUCAAAAAGUAAAACUUGGCAAACAUUAUGCCUAAUUUUUCUAAAGUAAUGGUAUUUUCUGGGUAUGUUUAAAAAUUCAGCCGAUGAAAUGUUGGCUUAGUUUUACCUUUUGUGUGCCUAAGCACUACUAGAUUAAUAACUUCAUACCCUUUCGUAGAGAAAUGUUCAAUAUUUUAAUUAAUUAUAUCUAUUGUAUAAUCAAAGAAAGCAGAACAAAAUCCCUUGGAAACGAGACAUUAUUUUUUUCAAAAUAGAUAAAAUAUUGUGUAUAAAAAUUGUAUAUUUGUCUUUCUGGAAUAAUAGCAAAAAAAUCAUAGAAGUUUUAUGGAAAUGUUUUAAGUGAAUGUAAUAGCUGAUGUAUGUUGCAAAGUUGCAGUAAAAGAUUUGUGCUUUUAUAACAGUACAGAGAUGAAGCAUGGUACAUAAUAAGUCACUGUGCUGAGACUGUAAGCUAGCUAUUUUCAAGAAACAAUGAUUUUUGAAAUGAAUUCACAAAAUUUCCCAGUUUUUGAAUUGCCAUGUUGUGAAUUACAUUUGAAUUUUCAGCACCUAUUGUGUUUUUGUUGAUUUUUGAGUCCAGAUGAAUUGAGCAUUGUUAAGUAAUUGAAGCAUUUUCAACAAUAAAAGUUAAUGAGUAGAUUUAGAACACUGCCAAGUAAAAUCAAUUUCUUGGGGAAGAAUUACAGUUUGGAAUAUUAAAAGCAGAAGAUUUUAAAGCUGCAUUCAAAUAA